AGCAUUCAAUCUUCGAGGCCACGAUGGAUCCAGUAUCACUGGCCCUUGGUAUCGUUCCUAUCAUCCUAACAUCUUGUAAAGGCUUCAAAAAAUUAACUAAAAAAAUCCACAUCUUCCGUCACUGCAGUUAUGAAAUUCAUCAAGUCCAAAGAAAGCUCAGGAUCCAAGGGGAUUCGUUUCGGGACGAGCUUCAUCUGCUCCUCCGCCAAGUACUUGAUGAUGACGAGAUGGCUGCCACCAUAGUGGAUGGCAAAAACCAUCCACAGUUGCAACACAACGAACUUGAGGAUAGACUUAAGUCUUACCUAGGUUCCAAAUAUACCUUAUUCGAAGCGACGGUAAAUGAAAUACGAGAAAUAAUUGAGGGCCUUUUGGAAAAGUUUUCUACCUUUACUCAGUCCCAAACACCGCAUUCUCUAUCGAAACGUACAGCGGAUGCAAUCCAAAUCACCUUAAGGAAAAGCAACUACACAGAGUCACUUAAAACUCUAAAGGAGUCAAACGCAGAACUGAGAAGAAUUCGAAAGGUGGUUUGGGAAAUACAAAAAACUCCUAUGAGGAUGGACUGCAUUUCAUUACCAUCUGGAUAUGAAACCAUCCGAAAUAUGUCUUCGUCACUAUAUAACCUCCUACUAAAUGGGUCUUUGUCAUGCAGUACUGUCAUCGACGCCCAUCACUGCGUCAGACUCCUGUUGAAUUCCACGGACGAGAUUCACCCGAGUAUGAACGUCUUUUUUGAACAUCGACUGAUAAUUCAAAGCCAUGGGGGAAAUAUCCAUUUUCACGGCAUUCCCCAACAGAACUGCGGCAGGGUAAUGUUACCCAUAUGUGCAAGUUGCAAGGACGACCGUCAUCUUGUCUCGACCCCUGAAGCUGGCAGGGUUUCACAACAGCCACACAAUCAUAGAUCGGUUACCAUAGAUAUGGAUCAUUCAGCAGAUGAAGGCGACAAUUUGACUAAAACCGGGGUUAAAUGUAAAGAAUUAUAUGUUCGCUCCGAAGCAUGUUCUGGACCAUCGCCUCGAUCUCUAGGUUAUCUCAAUAUCAGGGAGAAUAAAAAGCUUGUCCUGUAUCCAGGUCUACGGGGGUUGGACACCAGUUGUGAUCUCUUAAUUCUGCGAAGGACUACGCCCCUUGUGGACUUUCUUAGUCUUCCUGUCCACCAUGUUAUUACAGACAUGGACCGCAUUAAACUGGGGAUUACCUUAGUAAAAUCGAUGUUGAAAUAUAACUCAACACCAUGGUGGCCUCAGGAGUUAACAUUGAGUCAAGUACAUGUUCUAGGAGAAGAAGAUAACGAUUUAUCGUCAUCUCUCAACACGCUACAUAUUUCGAUACAGCUCGGAGCGGCUGGCCUUGCCACCGAAGGCACCAAAUCUCCUUCUAUUUCUUUGGAUGAAGAAGAACGUCGACUUAGCUUCUUGUCCCCGGAGUCGAUUCAAUACGCCAUGGAUAACCAUGGUAUACGAAAUCUAACCCUGUAUGGUCUAGGGGUGUCGUUACUCCAGAUUGGCCUUUGGGAGAAUAUUCCAUGGGAAGAUCACGUACAGGUGCGCAGGAAAGUUGCGCGUCUCUCUUGGCUCGGGAAGCGUUAUAGGGAUGCGACUAAGAAGUUGAUCAAUUGCGAUUUUGGUCUAGCUACAGAAGAACUCUGCGACAGAAAUCUCCAGUCCGCCAUCUUCAGAGAUGUGAUAGGAGAUCUAGAAUCGAUUGUCAAUCUGUUGGAAAGCUCUGGAUAGGUAAAAAUAGCCCAUUUGCAAGGAUUGUACUCCAGUGGAUGGUGUUUCUCUAGAGCCUGAUGGAAAAUUCAUGUACCCACAUUUAUAGUUUCGUACCUCGCUAGGUGCGCUGAUAGAUAAGGAAAAAGACCUGGAGAAGUCUUGUGGAAUUGCACCCCGAGUUCCUCUCGGCGUGUUAUCCAAGAAUGGCGAUUGGAUCAAGCUUGUGGAGAUAUCAUAAUGGCUGGGUGGCUGCAUAACGAGAACUUUCCAAUUUCCACAGUGGAAGAGUUAAAAAUUAAUGGGUACCUGGGUACUUGC